AUGCUGGAUUCCGGGAAGUACAACUGGGUGGUGCAAAAAUUCGGCGGGACGUCCGUCGGGAAGUUCCCCGUGCAGAUCGUCGACGAGAUCGUGAAACUGUACUCGCAAGGUAUGUCGCCCGCGGGGAACGCGGCCGUGGUGUGCUCCGCACGGUCGUCCUCGGUCAAGUCUGAGGGGACCACGUCGCGGCUGCUGAACUGUGCGGACCUUGCCGCUGCCGAGAAGAACUUCGAGCACGUCAUCGAGCUCGUCAAGGAGGACCACAUUGCGAACGCAGAGAACUUCAUCGUGAACCCGGUGCUGCAGACGAAGCUCGUGGAUGACACGCGGAGGGAACUCGACCUUGUCAAGAAGUACCUCGACGCAUCAAAGAUUCUAGGGGAGGUCAGCUCGAGAACUGUGGACCUUGUCAUGUCUGUCGGGGAGAAGCUCAGCUGUCUGUUCAUGACCGCGCUGUGCAACGACCGUGGGAUCAAGGCCAAAUACGUCGACCUUUCACAUAUCAUCCCAAGCGAUUACAACGUUGCUGUCCUGGACACAUCCUUCUACACAUUCCUUGUCCGUGCGCUGCGCGAGAGAUUGCAGCCGUUCAUCGAUGCGGACGAGAAGAUCGUCCCCGUCGUUACCGGGUUCUUCGGGUUGGUUCCCAUGGGGUUGCUCAACGGUGUGGGCCGUGGGUACACGGACCUGUGUGCCGCUCUGAUCGCAGUCGCUUUGAACGCGGAUGAGUUGCAAAUCUGGAAGGAGGUCGACGGUAUUUUCACCGCAGACCCAAGAAAGGUUCCCCAGGCGCGUCUACUGGAUUCAGUGACCCCAGAGGAGGCCUCCGAGUUGACGUACUACGGAUCUGAGGUCAUCCACCCAUUCACCAUGGAGCAAGUCAUCAGGGCGAAGAUCCCAAUCAGAAUCAAAAACGUACAGAACCCCAAGGGCAGCGGCACAGUCAUCUACCCUGACAACAUCGCCAAGAAGGGCGAGGAGACGCCGCCACACCCUCCUGAGGCCUUGUCCGCUUCGUUCUUCGAAAAGAAGAAGAGAGGCGCCACGGCGAUCACGACAAAACACGACAUUAUCGUCUUGAACAUUCAUUCAAACAAGAAAACGUUGUCCCACGGGUUUUUGGCGCAAAUAUUCACCAUCCUGGACAACUUCAAGCUCGUCGUGGACCUUAUCUCCACCUCUGAAGUGCACGUCUCCAUGGCACUACCGAUCCCAGAUGCAGACUCCAUGCUCUCGCUGAGGAAAGCCGUUGACAAGCUGAAAUCCUUGGGGACCGUCGACGUCACCAAGAGCAUGGCCAUUGUGUCCCUAGUCGGGAAACAAAUGAAACAGUUUAUUGGUAUUGCGGGGACAAUGUUCACCACGCUCGCGGAACAGGGCAUCAACAUCGAGAUGAUCUCCCAAGGUGCCAACGAGAUCAACAUCUCCUGUGUCAUCGAGGAGGCCGACUCCGUCAAAGCCUUGCAGUCCAUCCACUCCAAACUGCUCGACGCUGAGAAGUCCACAGCGUUUGAACAGGCGGUCAACGACCGUUUGGAACAGAUUAAACGACUUGACAUGUAA